AUGCAUCCUGACCAGUACCAUGACAACUGCCAGUGGUGUGGAAAACCGAAAGAAGAUCACAUUGGUGAAAGAAGUUUUGCCCGACUUGGGAACUGGAUAACGAUGGCAUCUGCAAACGGUGUGGAAUACCCGAGGAAGAUCACAUUGACUUUCGGUAUGCAUCCUGACCAGUACCAUGACAACUGCCAGUGGUGUGGAAAACCGAAAGAAGAUCACAUUGGUGAAAAGAAGUUUUGCCCGACUUGGGAACUGGAUAACGAUGGCAUCUGCAAACGGUGUGGAAUACCCGAGGAAGAUCACAUUGGUGAUAAGACGUUUUGCCCGGUGAAGCCCAUCAUUCCCUUAGAGAUCGGUUAG